CUUUCACCGUCGCCGUGGCUCGAGAGCCGGGCGACGCAUGCGCAGUGUUAACGGAGAGGGGGCGGUCCUGCUGGGCGACAGGCACCGAAUUCCUGUCAGGAGCGGCGGUGGCUGAAGAAGAGCCCGGCUCGCGCCUCCUCUGUCCCUGGGCCCGCCUCCCGCCGCCACAGCACAGCCCCCUCCGCUCCCCUUUCCUGUGGUCGGCAGCCGCUGCGGCGUCCAUCCGUCCGUGCCCCCCACCGCCGCCACCUCCCCCCGUCCCGCCCCCCCCACCGCCGCCACCUCCCCCCGGCCGGGCCGCGGAGCUGCGAUGCCCUCGGACUUCAUCUCUCUCCUCAGCGCCGACCUCGACCUCGAGUCCCCCAAGUCCCUCUACUCCAAGGAAUCUGUCUAUGACCUUCUCCCAAGGAGCUGCAGUUACCACCUUCCAGAGAACUCUCUGUAGCAUCCAUGAGUCAAACAAGUGGUGGUGAGGCAGGUUCGCCCCCUCCGGGGUGUAGUUGCUGCUGCUCCGCCAUUCAGAGACAGGCAUCGUGUGGUGGGUUGUGUGACAGUGUCUGUCAAUAGUGAAGACAAUAGUACCAGAGACACUUAACCCAUCCAAUCUCACCCAGGGUAUAGGAUUUGCCUCUGAAGCAGGGAGUGUCUGCAUUAAAAAUGACCUGUAGUUCUCUGCUUCAUAGGUUAGAAACUUAUUUUAAUACUUUGUGGCUAAGCACAGUCCCACCUUUUUCAAAAAUUUCAGAUGCUGGUUGAUUGGCAUGGAAUGUGGCCUAAAAGCAUUGACACAUGUCUUGCAUUGGGGUUCCUAUCAUUUUAGAUAAAAUGGCUUAAACUCAUAGUCCAGCUGAGGCAAUAAAAGCGCCCUUGUUUGCUUGCAGCCUUUUUAUGACUUAAAGAAAAUUUAAAGAAAAAAAGUCUGAUUGCCACAUGCACAAAAAUGGAAGUAUCAUUUGGACACUUUUCAGAAUACUUCUGUGUUGCUUAAGCCUUAUAUCACUUGAAGUGUUUAAAUUCAAAAACAAGCCAAAUUCCAAAACAUUCAUUUGGGGGAAAAAUCAGUUCACUAAUCACAUUACUUCAAAGGGACUGCUAUAGCCAGCACAGUUGGGAUCAUGUACCCUGUAUUUACUUCUGAAUUGUACACCGCAGAUGCUUCUUCAGCUCCCUCCUCUUCCUCCAUGGGCGGUGCUUGCAGCUCCUUUACCACCUCUUCCAGUCCCACCAUUUACUCUACCUCAGUCACUGACAGCAAAGCUAUGCAAGUGGAGAGCUGCUCCUCAGCCAUGGGGGUAAGUAACCGAGGGGUAAGUGACAAGCAGUUAACCAAUAACACAGCCCAGCAGCAGCAGCAACAGUCCACACCGAAGAGGCACACAGUCCUGUACAUCACACCACCACCAGAGGACUUGCUGGACAACAGCCGGAUGUCCUGCCAGGAUGAGGGGUGCGGAUUGGAAUCUGAGCAAAGCUGCAGUAUGUGGAUGGAGGAUUCCCCCUCCAACUUCAGUAACAUGAGCACCAGUUCCUACAAUGAUAACACUGAGGUGCCACGUAAAUCACGUAAACGAAAUCCAAAGCAGAGACCGGGGAUCAAACGGCGAGAUUGUGAAGAGUCAACCAUGGAUAUCUUUGAUGCUGACAGUGCCAAAGCGCCUCAUUAUGUCCUUUCUCAGCUCAGCACGGACAGCAAAAGCAACUCGAAAGCAGGAAAUGGAACAUCAGAAACCCCAAAAACAACUGGAGGCAAGAAGAGUCCCAUGUUAUGUGGUCAGUACCCUGGUAAAAGUGAAGGCAAGGAGCUGAAGAUAAUGGUGCAGCCAGAGACACAGCACAGAGCUCGCUACCUAACUGAGGGCAGUCGGGGCUCGGUGAAAGACAGAACACAACAAGGAUUCCCCACCGUAAAGCUGGAAGGUCACAAUGAGGCUGUGACGUUGCAGGUCUUUGUGGGGAAUGACUCUGGUCGGGUGAAACCUCAUGGAUUCUAUCAGGCCUGCAGGGUUACAGGACGAAACACCACACCCUGCAAAGAAGUUGACAUAGAGGGUACCACCGUCAUUGAGGUGGGCUUGGAUCCAAACAACAACAUGACCCUGGCGGUGGACUGUGUUGGAAUACUGAAACUGAGGAAUGCAGAUGUUGAAGCUCGAAUAGGCAUCGCUGGCUCCAAGAAAAAAAGCACUCGGGCCAGGCUAGUGUUCCGUGUUAACAUCACUCGGAAGGAUGGUUCCAUUCUGACCCUGCAGACGCCGUCCUCACCAAUUCUGUGCACUCAGCCAGCUGGUGUACCAGAGAUUCUAAAGAAAAGCCUGCACAGUUGUUCUGUGAAGGGAGAAGAGGAAGUCUUUUUAAUUGGCAAGAACUUUCUGAAGGGAACAAAAGUGAUCUUUCAAGAGAAUAUGUCUGAUGAAAACUCUUGGAAAGGGGAAGCAGAAAUUGACAUGGAGCUGUUUCAUCAGAACCAUCUAAUUGUGAAGGUGCCACCAUAUCAUGACCAGCAAAUAACUGCUCCAGUUUCUGUGGGGAUCUAUGUGGUGACCAAUGCUGGAAGAUCACAUGACAUACAGCCAUUUACUUACACUCCUGAUACAUCUGGUACUCUGAAUGUGAACGUGAAGCAAGAAAUACCCAGUCCAACCCAGCCUUGCUCUUUUGAUGAUGCUAUCAAAGUUAACACCAGUGGCUGUAACCUGGACAAGGUAAAUAUUCUUCCCAGUGCCUUGAUAACGCCACUCAGGCCAAACAGUGUGAUCAAGAGUGAAGAGUCUGCUCCCAUGACACUUACAGCUGAAAAAAGGGCUCCUCCAGUCUUUAAGGCAACAAGUAUAGUUGGGCCACCCCAAGCCACAUUGGAAACCAACAUGUCCAGUAUAUUGGGCAAUGGCACUUUCUCCUCUUCUGCUUCUCACUUAGCACCAGAGGGUGAAAAUCAGCAGCUGCAGCCAAAGGUAUAUACUCCAGAGGCAAUGCCCUCCCUCCAGGCACAGGACCUUGCCCAGUCUGGCAGCUUCCCUGCAGGUUCUGGUCCAAAUCAGCUGCAAAACAGUGACACCUUGUUGCAGCAGGCAUCCCAGUUCCCCACCAGGGAGUCCCAGCCGAGAGAGGUGUUGCAACCAGACAGUGCAGUCAUGACUUUGUCUCAGUUGACAGAGGCGUCCCAGCAGCAAUCACCACUCCAGGAAUCUGCACAAGUGUUGCAGCAGCAGAUGUCGUCAAGCCUUUUCUCAUCGGCCAGCAGUGUGAGCCAGCUGCAGAACACAAUACAGCAACUGCAAGCAGGGAACUUUCAGUCUAGCACUGCCAGCAGCAACAGUGGAAGUGUAGAUUUGGUCCAGCAGGUCCUGGAAGCCCAGCAGCAGCUGUCCUCUGUCUUGUUCUCUGGGUCUGAUAAUGAGGAUGUUCAAGAGCAAAUCAAUGUAGAGAUUUUUCAGCAGGUUAGCCAGAUCCAAAAUGGAGUCAGCCAAGGGAUGUUUUCCUCCUCUGACACUGUCCAUUCAAGGGCUGAGGACCUUCUCUCCGGGAGAAGUGAGAAUGUCCAUCCACAACCUGAAAGUUCUUUGUCCAGCCAGCAGCAGCAGCAACAGCAGCAGCAGCAGCAGCAGCAGCAACAGCAACAGCAGCAGCAAGCAAUGGAGACUUCUGCAGCUAUGGUGAUUGAGAUUCAGCAAGGCCUCUGCCAGGCAGCAAGUCAGAUGCAGUCCGACAUGUUCUCAACCUCCUCUUCGGGAAAUAGAAACAUCCAGCAGUCCCCCGUAUACCAACAAACUUCUCACCUGAUAGGUGCACUGACAACAAAUGAAGACAUACAGAUGCAGUGCGAGCUAUUCUCACCCACCAGAGUUUCUGGUAAUGAAGCUGGUACUCCAUCGCAGCAGCAGCAGCAGCAGGUGGUGCCUGCCAACGGCCCUUCCAUGUUUCAGUCUUCUGGCUCUGCCGAAGGUGACGAAGCUCCAGGUCAGACCAAACAGAUGCAGAGCAAUGUAUUUCAAGCUAUGGUUCAAAUGCAGCACAGCGGGGAGAAUCAGGCACAGGUCAGCCUCUUCUCUUCCUCAGAAAGCAUGAUGGCUGUUCAGGACAAUGGAACGCAGCAGCAGCAACAGCAGCAAACCGGGAGCCUCUUUCAGCAGAGUGGGGAGUUGAUGUCUCUCCAGGCUGGAAGCUUCUUGCAGCAGGCUCCCCAUUCACAGGCUCAGCUUUUUCACUCACAGAGCCCUAUUGGGGAUGCUCAGAACAUCUCGCAGGAGACCCAAAGUGCUCUCUUCCACAGCCAGAGCUCUGCCUCUUCCUCAGAGCAGCUGCAGCCUCCAAUGUUCCACUCCCAGAGUCCCAUGGGUGUGGUUCAGGACCAGCAGGCAAGCAACCUAUUCCUUCCCCAGAGUUCAGUUGCACAGGAAGAACAGAUGCCCUUCUUUGCCACACAGAAUUCCAUUUCUCCACUGCAGACAUCUGCCAAUGCUGAGCAGCAGUCGACAUUCCAGCAGCAGCAGGCUCAGCUCUCACACCUCCAGAGCCCUAUGCUUGCUCAAGAGCAGUCCCAGCAACAGCAGCAGAGCAUGUUCCAAUCACAGGUGCCCCCAAACCAGCAAGGAGCCAUGUUCCAACCACAGCAUUCUAUGGUGGCUCUUCAGAACAGCACACCCUCCCAAGAGCAGCAGCAGCAGCAGCAGAAUUUGAGGUUCAGCAAUCAGAAUUCCAUGGGCCCUAUGACAUCCCAGAAGCAGAACAUGAUGUACAACCCAAACCCUAACCCAAUGGCUAGCCAGGAGCAGCAGCAGCAACAACAACAACAACAAAGCCAGUCUCUCUUCCACCCACAAAGCAGCAUGGCACCAAUGAAUCAGGAUCAGCAACCCAUGCAGUUUCAGAACCAGAGCCCAGGCUCUAAUCAAGCUGAGUCACAGCAGCAGCAUGCCUUAUUCCACAACUCGCCCCAGAUCCAGCUAGUCCAAGGAUCCUCCAGCUCUCAGGAGCAGCCUGUCACCCUCUUCAUAUCAUCGACUUCCAUGUCUGCCUUGCAGAACAGCAUGAACCAGCAAGAGUUGCAGCAGCCCCCCCUCUACUCUGCACCAAACAGUAUGGCUGGCAUCCAGGGAGCUUCUUCACCCCCGCAGCAGCAGCAGCAGCAGCAGCAGGCUGCUUUGUUCCAUAACACACCUGGAAGUGGUUCCAUGAACCAGCUGCAGAAUUCCUCAGCUUCAUCUCGGCAGACCUCUGGAAUAUUCCUGUUUGGCAUCCAAGAUAACUGUGGCCAGCUCUUAACAUCUGGACCCACUUCAAUGUCAGAUCAGAUGAUCACAAUAAGCCAGCCACAGGGUGAGGCACAGUCAUCAGUCACAACUCUGCUAUCCCAGCAGAUGUCUGAAAGCCCCCAGCUGUCUUCUGCCAUGACCACCAAUCAGAAUAUGAAGAAGAUUGAUGACCUGCUAGUGUCUCUACAAAACCAGGGAAACAACAACAUGGCUGGCUCCUUCUAACUAUCCAGCUUGUAACUUCAGAAAUCCUGUAAUGGACAAGCAGAUUUGCAAGACUUUCGUUCUUGUGACUCUGGAAUUUAGGAUGUUUGGAGUUAAAUUUCCUGUGUCAAAGUGCGGCCUUGGACCCAAGGGGAAAUGUAGCCUUCACCAUCACUUGGGAAGAGUACCCAUGCUAAGCCUGAUGAGAAACGGCUGCUGAGUGAGAGCAUCAGAGAGAGACUUCUUGAAGCUGGAAGAGGCAAAAGUGGCUCUGCUUUGGACAGUUGCCCCCAUCUCUAGUCCAGCUGUGGGGAUGCAGAGUGCAGCUGCUCAUUUAUCAUUGCAGCUUGGCAAGGAAAGAACCUGAGAUUGUCUCUGCUCCUCUCUUUCAGCUCUUCUUCACAGCUCUUGGAACAGGCUGCAAAGCACACAGGGAUAUGUGUCCUAAAACAACUGGGAUAUACAAAUGGUUGAUUCACACAUUUGUGCUCAUCACUUGAAGACUCAGUCACUUGAUUUGCAGCUGUAAAUGGUUUCCAGUGAAAAAUGUUGCUUGAGGGAGGUGAAGGUGAUUCAAGUGUUCAGUCCUCAAUUGUGCAUUUCACUCAUGCCAGUCAUUGCUUAAUGGUGCAGUUACCAAGUGUUGAACAUACCAGUGUGAAUUAGUGACUCUUUUUUUAAACGGAAGCUGCUGUCAGCUUCAUAGCAGUAUGGAGAAAGCUGUGAAUUAGCACCUAGGAAGGUGGCAUAUACUGGCAGAGAGUCUCCUAAAGCCAUGAGGGGCGGGGAGUGGGUGAUAUCCAAGAAUGUGACUACAGCUUCCUGGGAGGCUGGAAGAUUGGCUGCUCAAAUAGGGACUUCUCUGAGCAUCUGGUGCUCUGCCCAUCUCCCCUUUCACAAGGGGGCAGUUUGCUAUGCUGAGCAAUAGACCCCCUCUUGAGUCCUGCCUUGAUAUGCCAUAAGCUGAAUUUUGUUCCUCUUAAUCCCUUUUCUGUCUCUUUCCUCUUGUUUGAAAUAUGCUGCCACCUGUACAAAUCUGAUUAGGUUUUUUGGAGACCAGAAGGUCCAUUGCAGUGGGGCUGGAAUGACCAAGCUGGUUGAUACCUCCUUGGUCUGUAGAGGAGGGGUGAGAGAAUAUUUUUGGGCAUGCUGGUUUCUGCUCCUCCACCCCUUUUUUAAUUUGUGCGGGUUUGAAGUUUUAAAUUUAAUCUCACAUGGGGGGUGGCAGCUUCCCCUCAGGCCUUGAAGGGGUGCCUCUGUAUACCAGUUGCUGAGAAUUGCAGGUGGGCAGAGUACUAUUGCACCUAGGUCCUGCUUGUGAAGUAGGUAUCUGGUUGGCCACUGUAAGAACAUCAUGCUGGACUAGAUGGGCCAUUGAACUGAUACAGUAGGCUUUACUUAAGUUCUUACAUAGCUCCUUUAGCUCAUAUGAGACAAGUAACGACACUCUUUCAAAAUGCAAAUGCUGUUGAUGAAUUUGCAUCCAUUUUGGCUUAAAAGGCAGAUGAUCUUGUGUGCUGUCAGCACCAAGGGGCAAACUCAAUUUCAGGUGCUCUCCAGGGAUAGCUACAGUUUCCCUCUUCUGGAUUUUUAUUUUCCUCUCCUCCUCUCCUGCACAUCAAAUGCUGUACGUGGUGUCUGUCACCCAACAGCUGUCGUGUGUGACUCUUGUUGGCAUUGGGGAGUUGUGCUUUUUAGUAAGCAUUGGUGUUCAUUUUUGUUACUUUUGUGUAGAGAAGAAUUUUGCUUGUACCUGAUUUUUUAGGCUACCCCUUGUGUGUUUUUUCUAACUUGUGCUCCACUUUGAGCUAUGUAGAGUUGUGCUUGUUUUUUGUUAUUGUUGUUGUCCUGUUAAAUGCCAGUCCGUCUCUGAUGUUUGCAGUCAGUGAUUCGUUCUGUUUGUCCGUCUCUCUUUGAGAGGCUUGAGUUAUGUUUUCAGUAGUACAGGCUAUUUUGCCGAUAUGAAGAGAACUUUUCAGAAAGAGACCUGCUCUAGGUCAUUUAAUUUUGAAUACAGUUUUCAAUCGUUCAGGUUUUGGAUGGUUUAUAUCUAAUGUGUGUUUCAUUUUUUUGGAAAGCUCUAUUUUGUAUUUAGAAAAUGAUAAACUAUUUUGCUAUUUGUACUGAGUGAGUACAUUGGCAUAAAUAAUAUAUAUAUAAAUAUAUAUAUAUACAUAUAUUCACACACAUAUAUUCUUUUUGCCACAGAUUUUUGUGGUAAAUGUGUGAGUUUUGUUGUCUGUUUUCCCACAACAUGGCAUCUAGGAACCAGGGGAAGGGGGGUUGUUGUUAAGUCUUCACAAAGUAUUUGAGUACUUUUUGCAGCAAAUGUGAUUGGUUCAUCUCUGGCCGUUCAUUUAAUCAGGCAGUCUCUGUGCUGAUUGGCUGUGAGGGCAGCUUCACUGCGGAGGUGACACCUUUGCAUGCGAGUCUCUUGACACGAGCCAUUCAGCUUUUCACUCAUGGUUAAUGUCUAAUAUUUUAUUGCUAGCUUUUUAAUUUAUAACAACACUACAAAUUCACAAUUGGAACCUUCUUUCCUCAUUUCAUGAUGUCUGUAGCUGCAUUGAGCUUGCUUCUCUUACAAUGUUAUGUUUCUUUUAUUUGCUGAAAGAUUAUUGAGGAUGGGAAAGAGCAGCCAUGUGCCUAACUAUGAAUGAGGAGGCAGAAAGGGAUAUACCAAGCCAGUGGCUUUUGCUUUCACUUCUGGGGAUCCUGCAGUUGGGCCUGGGACUGCCUGUGUCUUCCGGAAGAGGCACUUGGUCCCAGGCCAUGGCAGGAGCUUUAUGGGGAAGAAGUGUGUGGAGAGGGUUGAGUAGGAGCAGGUUGACUUGUACGCUGCUGUGUCUUGUACACUUCGGUGGCAUCAGGACUGUCCUCAGGGGACAGUGUUAAGUCACCAGGGACCAAUCCUCUAUUGAACCAAGUUUCCUGCUCAGAGCUGCCUCUUGUCACUUCUCCCCAGAUUACUCCAGCCAUACAACGCAGGCAUCUGCGUUCUGUUUGUUAAAAGGGCUCCUGCUGCUGCUUUGUUCAAAACGGUGAUGUACAUGGGUUUUGGGGUUGGUUUAUUUCUAUUUUUUCUUGGUCCAUUUUAGGUCAAUAUUUAAAUGUGCAACAUUUUAAACAUGUGAUUUGGUUACAAAAAAGUAUGUAGUUGGAACAAAGGUCUGCUCAGUGGCUGGCUGGUGCUGCAUCUUUCCUACACCCUUUUUGUUUGUUUUACGGGGCCUGCAGUAGCAGAGCCUACAAAAUGUAUUCUAGAGCCAGUUUCAUGGAGAUGGGACCUCGGCAGCCUUGCAAGGUGCAUCUUGUUUCCUGUGUGUUCUUGAUCCCCACGUGGCAUUUGGAGCUAUGUCCCCAUUCCUUUUUCUCCUCUGCAUCAGUCCACAAGAAUCCAACUGAGCCUUUCCACCACAAAGGGUAUAAAGCCACAUUGGGAAUCAGAUUUUGUAGAACUGUAAAAGCCCUUGUGGUUUAAGGCCCCUUCCUGAAUAUUAAUGGUCAAGAGAAAGCUGUCCUUUCAGGCAUCCCUGACUUGCUUUCCCUCCUCCUCUUGUGCACCACUCCAAACAAACAUGCCUAGGAAA